GCACACGCACACACAGAUACACACGGAGAGAGAGAGAGAGAGAGAGAGAGAGAGACAGAGCCCCACAGUGAGAGGAAGGAAGGCAACAGUCGCCAGCAGCCGAUGUGAAGACCGGACUCCGUGCGCCCCUCGCCGCCUCUGCCUGGCCACAUCGAUGUUGUGUCAGCCGCCUGCUCGCCCGGAUCACGAUGAACGCGCAGCUGACCAUGGAGGCGAUCGGCGAGCUGCACGGGGUGAGCCAUGAGCCGGUGCCCGCCCCUGCCGACCUGCUGGGCGGCAGCCCCCAUGCGCGCAGCUCGGUGGCGCACCGCGGCAGCCACCUGCCCCCCGCGCACCCGCGCUCCAUGGGCAUGGCGUCCCUGCUGGACGGCGGCAGCGGCGGCGGCGAUUACCACCACCACCACCGGGCCCCCGAGCACAGCCUGACCGGCCCCCUGCACCCCACCAUGACCAUGGCCUGCGAGACUCCCCCAGGUAUGAGCAUGCCCACCACCUACACCACCUUGACCCCUCUGCAGCCGCUGCCUCCCAUCUCCACAGUCUCGGACAAGUUCCCCCACCAUCACCACCACCACCAUCACCACCACCACCCGCACCACCACCAGCGCCUGGCGGGCAACGUGAGCGGUAGCUUCACGCUCAUGCGGGAUGAGCGCGGGCUGGCCUCCAUGAAUAACCUCUAUACCCCCUACCACAAGGACGUGGCCGGCAUGGGCCAGAGCCUCUCGCCCCUCUCCAGUUCCGGUCUGGGCAGCAUCCACAACUCCCAGCAAGGGCUCCCCCACUAUGCCCACCCGGGGGCCGCCAUGCCCACCGACAAGAUGCUCACCCCCAACGGCUUCGAAGCCCACCACCCGGCCAUGCUCGGCCGCCACGGGGAGCAGCACCUCACGCCCACCUCAGCCGGCAUGGUGCCCAUCAACGGCCUUCCUCCGCACCAUCCCCACGCCCACCUGAACGCCCAGGGCCACGGACAGCUCCUGGGCACAGCCCGGGAGCCCAACCCUUCGGUGACCGGCGCGCAGGUCAGCAAUGGAAGUAAUUCAGGGCAGAUGGAAGAGAUCAAUACCAAAGAGGUGGCGCAGCGUAUCACCACCGAGCUCAAGCGCUACAGCAUCCCACAGGCCAUCUUCGCGCAGAGGGUGCUUUGCCGCUCCCAGGGGACCCUCUCGGACCUGCUGCGCAACCCCAAACCCUGGAGCAAACUCAAAUCCGGCCGGGAGACCUUCCGGAGGAUGUGGAAGUGGCUGCAGGAGCCGGAGUUCCAGCGCAUGUCCGCGCUCCGCUUAGCAGCAUGCAAAAGGAAAGAACAAGAACAUGGGAAAGACAGAGGCAACACACCCAAAAAGCCCAGGUUGGUCUUCACAGAUGUCCAGCGUCGAACUCUACAUGCAAUAUUCAAGGAAAAUAAGCGUCCAUCCAAAGAAUUGCAAAUCACCAUUUCCCAGCAGCUGGGGUUGGAGCUGAGCACUGUCAGCAACUUCUUCAUGAACGCAAGAAGGAGGAGUCUGGACAAGUGGCAGGAUGAGGGCAGCUCCAAUUCAGGCAACUCAUCUUCUUCAUCAAGCACUUGUACCAAAGCAUGAAGGAAGAACCACAAACUAAAACCUCGGUGGAAAAGCUUUAAAUUAAAAAAAAUUUUUAAAAGACCAGGACCUCAAGAUAGCAGGUUUAUACUUAGAAAUAUUUGAAGAAAAAAAAAGUGUUAUUUAUAGUCCAAAGAAACCAAAGACUCAGCUCACUUGCAUUCUGACUUUGUUUGGAGACACACAGUUCAGCAGGGCGGCGACUUGGCAAGACAAGUGAUGAGCAGGAAAACACCACUCUAUCUCACACCUUCAAUCCAUGACCAUCCUCGCUGUGCUUGGCUGUUUAGUGGUUUGGAGCAUAGUGAUUCUGAGCCAU